GCUGUGUGUCCGGGACCCGUGCGGGCUGCUCUGCCUCCUCCUCACCUACCUGAGUGUCAGCUACUCCGAGUACGUCAUCGUCCGACACAUCCUGCUGGAGGACUACGCCGGGAGUGUCUGGUGUCCGGUCCAUGCCAUCCUCUACAAUCUCAUCGUCUUUAUGCUCCUGGCGUGUCACACGCGGGCCGUCUUCUCCGAUCCAGGUGUCGUACCCGCUGCCGGAAAUGGCCAUCGACUUCUCAGAUCUGCGCAGCAAUCCACGCAAAAAUGACCGGGGCAAUGAAGACUGGACGGUGUGCAAUCGCUGCGAGACGUACCGGCCCCCCGCGGGCCCACCACUGCCGGAUCUGCCACCGCUGCAUCCGCCGCAUGGACCACCACUGUCCCUGGAUCAACAAUUGCGUCGGCGAGCUCAACCAGAAAUACUUCAUCCAGUUCCUCUUCUAUACCGCUCUGGCCAGCUUGUACUCCAUAGGUCUUGUCCUGGGGACGUGGCUUCUGCCGGCGCUGAGGGGCGGCAAACGUGGAGACAGGAAGGACAUGUUUCCCACACUGGGGAGAUUUCUCAUCACUUUCUGUCCAGACAGGAAGUCUGCGGGGCCGUCCUCACGUUUUUACCACCCUACGUCUGCAGAUUGUAUCCGUCAUCACCGAUGAGACCCCCAUCGAGCAGCUGCGGAACCGACUGCUGAAGGAGGCGCGCAAGGAGGUGACGCACAGCCGCAAACCAAAGAUGGCGCUCCUGCGGGAAGUGUUUGGUCGAGGUCUCAUCAUGUGCUGGUUUUGCCCUCUGGUCACCCCCCCAUCCUCGGGGGGCCCGGCGUACAGCUACCUCCCGGACUACGACGUGUAG